AUGCACGUGUCGACUUGGGCGGUGUGGCUGACAAUUUUCUCAGAAACCACGCUGUCCCUAGCUUACCAUGAUGAAACGGUCAGUAUCAGCUACUUCUACAAGUCGGUGGAUCCCGAAGAUUUCCUCUUGGGCCUCAUAGUUCCCGUGCACGCCGAGCCAAACCUGACGGAUCCCCUGAGGUGCGGGCAAAUCCUGGAGCAGGAAGGUAUCCAGAGAGUGGAGAUGGCCCUGAAGACAAUCUACGAAAUCAACGCGAGACAGGACAUUCUACCGAACACAACGCUAGGAAUCCAUAUUCGCGACUCGUGCAACUAUCCGCCCAUCGCUCUAGAGCAAACGAUCAAUUAUAUCCGGGCCUCGGUCUGGCACGACAGCGACUACCAGGAGACCCCGUAUCCGUGGAGUCAGUCUCAUAGUAUAGAGACAUACAGUCUGAAGAAGUGUACAGUGCCGGAGAAGCGACGUAACCUAAUAUCGGUCUUGGGGCCGGCAACUUGCACGGGGACGACGCAAGUACAGAAUCUCCUCCAGCUUUUCGGCAUUCCUCAAAUAGGCUAUUCGGCGACGGCGAAAAUCGCCACGGAGUAUUCGAAAUAUUUCCUCUCAAUUAUCCCGAAUGACGACUAUCAGAGCCAAGCCAUGCUCGAUAUUCUGAUACGCUUCAACUGGACCUACGUCUACACUAUAUAUUCCGACGACGACGACUACGGUCCGGGAGGAAUCGAGCGUUUUAAGGCUAAGGCGUACUCGAACGGAAUCUGCGUGGCUCAAAAAUACGUACUUUCACCGAGAUCUCGACAGAGUGAUUACGAAACCACCGUUAGGAGAAUGAUGAAUGCCCUCCGGCCUACAGGAGCCCGAGUCAUAGUAGCUUACCUGGAGAAAACAAUUCUCAUAAGGUUCCUGAUGACCCUCAAGUAUCUAAACGCGUCGCAGAAGUUCCUUAUCCUCGCCAGCGACAGCUGGGGAACUGAUCCAGCCAUCGUGCAGUCUCUGGAGGAUGUUGCCGAAGGCUGUAUGACGCUCAGCUUCCCCCAGCCGCUGGACAGUCAUUUCAAAGAAUAUUUCAAGAAACUCCGGCCGGAGAGUAACACGUACAAUCCAUGGUUCAGAGAAUUCUGGGAAGACAAGUUCCGAUGCACCCUGGCUGGACGGAAAGACUCUCCGAAGGUUCUCAAAUACCAUCGUUGGUGUACAGGCAAUGAAACACUGAGCGACGACUCCUACAGAGAAGAUCCGAAGCUGGACUAUCUGCGGAGAUCGAUUUACCUCGUCGCCGAAGGCCUCCAUCGUAUGAUUGAGGACCAUUGCUCUGAAAACAAGACCGAGGAGUGUGUCUCGAAGAUGCAUUUGAACGCGUCGGCUUUCGUAUCCUAUCUCAAUCAGACAACUUUCUCGUGGCCUCCAUUCGCAGCGAAUUCUUCGGAGGUCAUUCGAGUGAAUCCGGUCGGCGUUUACAAUAUUUACAACUUCCGGAAAGUGAAGGAACGCUCGUACGACUAUGUGCAAAUAGGAACUUGGAAAAAUGGUUUGCAACUCUGGGAAGAUCCGGUUUUCAAGGGCGGAUCUCGGAACCUUCCAGAAUCGAUCUGCAGCAAGCCCUGCGAGAAGGGUCAAAUCAAGAGUGUCUGGUGGCCGGGGAACUGUUGCUGGAAAUGUCUAUCCUGCAAACAAACUCAGUUUAUCCGAGACGAAUUCACGUGCGAAGAAUGUCCCAAAGGAUUCGCUCCGAACGUCAACCUAACCGGUUGCUACGCAAUCCCCGAGGAAUACAUACAUUGGAAGGACUCGCCAGCGCUGCUCGUGAUCGCGGUAGCCAGUGUCGGAAUCGCUACUACACUGGUGGUGACCUCAAUUUUCAUCCAACAUAAUUCUACACCGGUUGUGAAAUCGUCCACGCGCGAAUUGUCGUACAUCAUCCUGGUUGGUAUGGCCAUGUCCCACGGGACGUCGCUCGCAUUCCUUUUCAAACCCUCAGACUAUUCCUGUUUCGCCGUGCGGGUCCUUCCCCCCUUCAGUCUGACGAUGAUCUACGCCCCGCUCCUCGUCAAAACUGUGCGGAUCGCUCGGAUCCUUGGCAACAUCCGGUCGAUGGCGAUCUCGCCUCCCAGGAGAUUUCUCUCGUCUACUUCUCAAGUUGUCAUAACAUGCAUCCUCAUCUUCAUACAGGUCAUCAUUCUCACGUGCACACAUCUCAUCCUGCCGUCUGGUUGGGAACACGAUUAUCCUCACUGGAACCGAGUGGUCCUUCAGUGCCGGAUGCCUCAUUUCUCCAUCAUGCUUCCGCUGGCGUUCAACUUCCUCCUGAUUAUCCUCUGCACGGCUUACGCUGUGAAGACGAGGAACGUCCCCGAAAACUUCAACGAAGCCAAGCUGAUCGGUUUCACGAUGUACGCCACCGUUGUUAUAUGGAUCUCCUUCCUAGCGAUCUAUUUCGGCUCUCCGUAUAAAUCAGUAGCUUUCGCGCUCUCGCUGAGCUCGACAGCGCAUGUGGCUCUUACUCUGAUGUUUCUGCACAAGGUCUACAUCAUCGUUUUCCAUCCCGAGAAAAACCAACCAAGCGUUUUCCGUCAACUCACGGACAACAUGCGAAUGCACAUAGGGGCACAAGACAGUUCCAGUUUCAAAUCUUCGAUUUACAAUACCGGGGACUCGCCUUCCCCGAUCAGUCGAGGGACAAUAAAACUGCGUCCGGACAAAAAACGCUACAGCCAUAGCUCCUCGGCAAAGAAGAAAAUAGGAGAGCACAUGAGGAAGGCCAGUGCAGUGAAACUUGCGCAAAAUCUCGACCGAAGGUUAUCGCGAACUCCGAACUCGGACCCGACGUUCAGCCUCAACCGUUUCAUUGACGACCAGGUCAAGACCGCUAACUGUGUCGGCGUUUCGCCGUUAUCCAGUCACGCCAUAGUCUCCACUCAGAGUUCAGGCGAGCCCGACGGGAUCUACGACAAUUCAAUGUCUCGUUUCAAUCAAUUCGACUCCGAUAACAAUUCUGUCACGAAUUCGGAGAACCUCGACACUCAGAAGUCUGCGAAGAGCGACAACACGUACGAAAGCGUCAUACCGGUGCAGCGUAAGACCUCGAGACCUUAUCCGACGUGUUACCUGCCGCAAACGCCCGAAACGGACCAUCCCCGCGAUUUUACGAGAAGUUAUCGCCUGUCCGUGGAUCAGGGACAGCCCACGUCCUCAAGAUUCAAGGCUGUCUCCGAGAAUGGGGAGACCUCAGAACCCGAACAGACAGUGAGUGAAGGUCACGAGAAGAAGCCGAGGUUCAAGAAGAAAGAGGAUCCAUCGCUUCCGCUGACCUCAUCGAAACAAGCGCGCACUCAUGCUCACGAUGAGAUGGACAAGCGUCGCUUCCAUCACGAACCAUUCCGAUACGACUGGUUCUAUAACCAGCCAUACCCAUCGAAGUUAUCUUACCGUUCGGUCGUGAAUAAAGACAAAGAAAACCCGGUGCGGAUAUCGCCGGGACAGAAACGCUCUCUGGACCAUACAAGGGACCAGGAGCGCAGCAGGAACCGAUUUUUCGCGCACCGACUCUCGCUCGAUCAGGGUAUCGGUCUGCACCGUGAAAUGAGUUCGCGAGACGGUAUCGUGGACGCAAGUAAAAAGAACGAAAACGGCGCUCCAAAACGACGAGUUUCGUGUGAGCGCUGUACGCCACCGGAGAACAGUCCAGGUGAGGAGCAAAAGCAGCUACAGCAGCAGCAGCAACAGCAACAACAACAACCUAACGCAUUCGGCUUGGGAGAUAUGAUGCUUAUCGAUGACUCGUCAGAAGAUGAGACACCCCUCAAGACCGAAUGA